ACACUUUCCAAAAAAUCCCUCUAUAAUACAACCUAAAUUACGAUGGUACAACUUUAAGUUGUACCUACACUUUCUAACAAAUCUCUCUAUGUUACGAGUCAAAAUUGUACAUAUACUUAUGGUACAACUUAAGGUUGCACCUGCACUUUCUAACAAAUCCUUCUGUGGUACAAUUCAAAGUUGUACCUAUACUUAUGGUACAACUUUAAGUUGUCCCUGCACUUUCUAACAAAUCCUUCUAUGGUACAACCCAAACUUGUACUUAUACGAUGUUACAACUUUAUGUUGUACCUACACUUUCUAACAAAUUCCAAUGGUAUAACCAAAGCUUGUACCUGUUCAUUAUGGUACAAGUUUAAGUUGUACUUAUGAUAUAACCAAAACUUGUACCUAUACAUUAUGGUACAAGUUCAAGUUGUACCUACACUUUCUAGAGUAGUACCUGUACACUAUGGUACAAUUUAAAGGGGUAACUACACUUUCCCAAAAAUCCCUCUAUGGUACAACUCAAAAUUGUACCUAUACUUUAUGGUACAACUUUGUUAGUAACAAAUUAUUUGCAGCUUUUGGUUAAUUCGCAUCAUUGUUGGUUUUGUUAAUUGGGGGGAUUAUUUGGGGUAUUCGGGCAAUAAACAGGGAGUCAAUUGUUACAUUUUAUUAGUUAGGUAGGAGGUCAGAAUUAUGCGGAUUAUAUAAUCUGCAGUAGGGUGUUAUUUUUCAUUAAGCAAUAAAAUAUCAAAAACCUAAAAUCUACUCUCUCUCUCUUCCUGCGUCCCCCUUUCCCUCUUCCCCUCCCAAAUUCGGCAGCAGCAGCUGCUCUCCUUUCCCCGCUCUUUGUCUCAAUUCUCCAAUUCCAAAUCCCUAGCUAGGUCAAUCCCUAAUUGAUCUAGCUAAUUCCCUAAUCCCAAACCCGUUAGAAAUUUUGUUUCUAACAUCUGGUAUCAGAGCCUCGCUCAAGAGUGUGCGUUCCUCUGAGCUCUUGAACCAGGGAAGGCGACGAUGGUAUCGACAAAGUCCAUGAAGGCGGCAGAGAAGGCGGCGCAUGCGGCUGGGAAGAACUCCGAGGGGGGGGAUGUAGGGCUCGACAGGGAGUUAGAAGAUCUCACGGAGAUCGAAGGGCUGAGGAAGGUCGUGGAGACGCAAGUAGAGAGGCAGGCGAGGGUCGAGGAGGAGUUGAAUGGGUUGCAGGUGCAAGCCAGAGAUCACGGCCGCACUCUUGACGCGUUGUUGGCGGCAGUGGAGGCGUUGCAGGGGCAGGUGAGCAGCCUGACGGAGGCUUGGAAGAGAAGCGGGGCAGGAGCUGGCGACGGCGGGAAGCCGCCGGAGGAGGGAGGCGCGGCGGAGGAGGGAUCCGCCUCGGCGGCGGUGGUCGGCGGCCAGGGAGCCGAGCGGAUCUCGGCGGAAGGGGGGGCGGCGACGACCAACCCUAGCCGACCUCAUGUUUCGCAUACGGGCCACGUCUCCUUCGGCCCCACAAGCAAGGAUGGUCUUUUGCCUACCCCAUCGGCCCAGGAGGUGGCGCGCGCGCGGCAAGGUCAAGAUGGCCGAGUAUGUGGACGCGGACCUGCAAGCGGGCCUGAAUUAGGAGGAGCUGGUGGAUCCGGAGCAGGAGAUGGAUCGUGGACCAUGGCCUAACGAGCAGUGUGGGCAGGGGGCGGAUGGCAGAAGGGAGGAGUGCAGCCUGGUGGGCCGAGCCCGGUGGGAAGGUGGGCCGGGUGGAGGUUGGAGGGAGACGGGCCGCGGGUGGGAGUCGGGGCGGCCGGGAGCAGCGGGACGGACCCAACCGGGCCGGAUUGAUGUGGGCCGAGCAGGGACGAGCCGGGUCCCCAUCGGUCGGGCCGAAACCGGUCGAACCGAAACCAAUCGAACCGAAAUCGGUCGGACCGAACCCGUUCGAACCGGUCCAGCCGUCGGGAUAUCCAUACCAGGCGGGCAGCAGGGGUUACCCAGGUCCGCAAGGCCAGUUCGACGAGUACUGUGGGCCCCUUCCCUCUUCUGCAAUUCAACGGGGCGCCGGGAAGGAAUCUAGGAGGACGUGGACGGGUGAUCGGAGGCCGAGGAAUGAGUAAAUCGGGAGAGUGGGGUACCAGGAGGAUGAAGGGGACCACUGGGGGUGCGACGGGGACCCACGAUUCUCACAGCCCUACCACAGUGGGGGCCCAAGCGGUGGAAGAAAUGCCGGUUAUUUCC